AUGCCAAAUCCAUUUGCAAAUUCAGUCCCUGUAACUAUAAUUGCUCUCUUAAUUUCUUCCUUAAUUGCAAUUUCACACCCUCACCAUCAAAGUUUCUAAGAGGAUCCUUCACUCUUAGCUGUCACCGCGCCUCUUCCCAAUCCAAGCAACGAGCAAACUUUGAACCUCUCCCCUUCUUCUUCCCCCUCUCUCUCUCUAUAUAUAUAGCACCACGUACGCUAUUCUAUCUCCAUAAACUCUCAUACAAUCAUAAAACCUCUCCUCUAAUAUAAUGCCUCCAUCUCUUCUGCUCUUCGGAAAGAAGAGGGAAACCACUUUCAAUCCCAAUCUUCCUGGUCUCAAGAUGCUAGCCAACGAUGAUCUUCAAUACCCAUAUGUAACAAAUUGCGUCAAUCGCAAUUUUACAGCGUCAAAAGCUAAGGCUGAGGACGAUUACAACAAGGAGGAGGAUGAUGGCGCUUCUUGUUGGGCAUCGUAUGGGAGGGGACAUGUCUGCAAGCUCCCUCCCGCUAUCCCAUUGCUCGCGAGGACCGCGAAAUUGUCAUGCCACAUGCCCUGGAUAUUAAAGAGGAGCUACGAGGCCGACGGAAGGCUAGUCAUUAGAGAGGUGAGGGUCAAGCAUCAUGAGUACUUCCGUGUGCAUAGAUCGAAUGGAAGGCUCCUACUCCGACUUAUCGAGGUUGAUGGGAACUCCCCACUUUUCGCAUCAAGCAAAAAAUGCGAGGUUAAGGAUGAAGAAGGGGAUUUGACCGUGCGCUCUGAAGAAGAAAAUUCAUGUUCCUCGUCUUCAUCUCCAACUUCAACACUGUUGUAUGUGGAAAACGAGGGUAGGAAGAUGGAUGAGACGAAUAAAGUCGAAAAUUUUGAGUCAAUAAGGGCAAAAGAUUAUAAUGAGACAGAAUAUGAGGCAGAUAAACAUUUGAAAUUUCUAGUUUCGUUGUCGUCGAUGUCAUCCUCGACCUCGGAGCCAACAUUGCCGAUGGGGAUGAGAAAGGGGUGCUUUGCUGAUGGGAGGGGAUGUAGCCCACUGAACAAGAUGAUGCCUGUCAGCAGGAUGGGGCUUAUGCAUGUGUAG